AUGAUCAAUUUCGAAGAGUUGGUAAAAGAAUGGAUGGAAGAGGUAGAACUAUCAAUAGAUCAAUUCACUCAACGCGGAAGUGGAUGGGUACUACAGACUGUUAAAGUAUUAGAAAUUCGGAUUGGUAAACUUAAAGAGCACAGUGGUGGAUGUGCAUCCGUCAAACUACCACCUUCAUUGAAACAAAAGAAAAGCUUGAUUUCACCACUUUGUAGUAAAGACUGUUUCAAGUAUUCAAUCCUUAUAGCUUUGCAUCCAAUAAAUACCAAGACUAAAGGUAGAAUAACGCUUUACAAAAAUUUUGCUCAUCUAUAUGAUUUUCGUAAUAUUGAUAGCAAUACACCAUUAUCUGCAAUCAACACCUUUGAAAGACGAAACAACAUAUCAAUUAAUGUUUACACGCUGUCACCUGAUGAAAGUGAAAAAGUGGUGCCGUUAAAAAUCAAUCGAAGUCAACAAAAGAAACAUGCAAACUUAUUCUUUUACAAGAACCAUUACUACUGUAUUUCAAACUUUCACGCCUUCAUAAAAAGUGGUAAAUCAUGGGAGCGUUUUUAUUGUUACGCAUGUUUGUCAGGAUUCAGAAACUCUGAUAGGCUCAAAGAUCAUGAGCGUGAGUGUUACCAGAAAGCUCCGCAAAGAGCUAUUCUGCCUGGUACAGGAAAAAUACCUACAAAAUGUAAAUUUAGAAGACUGGACAAAACAAUUGCUUAUCCUUAUGUUAUCUACGCUGAUUUUGAAGCCCUAUUGGUAAAAUCAGAAAAGGCUCUUACGAAAAAUACAUUUGAGUACCAGAAGCAUGAAGCAUGUUCUUUUGGAUUAGUUGCCGUAGACUGGAGAGAUGAAAUUCUGUUCAACAAAUUUUAUCGCGGAACAAAUGUUUGUGAGAAAUUUUUCAAAACAUUGUUCCACUUGAGAAUCAUUCUCAAUCAACAUUUGGAUAGAAAUAGAAAACCCGUUUCAUUAACCGAUUUCGAAAGAGAAGCUUAUGCAAAGGCAACUGACUGUUACGUGUGUGGAAAAGAAUUAUUCGCUGACAAAGUUUUGGAUCAUUGUCACCUAACUGGAAAGUUUCGGGGAGCUGCACAUAAUCAAUGCAAUCUUAUGAUGCGUUUACCGCAAAAAAUACCUGUAGUUUUUCAUAAUUUAAAAGGAUAUGAUGCACAUAUAAUAAUCAGUGGAUUAAAGACAAAUUUGGUGUCAAAGAUUCAUGUCAUACCACAAAAUACUGAAAAAUAUAUAGCAAUCAUAAUGGAUGAUUUUCUAUUUCUAGACAGUCUCGCCUUUCUUCUCUCAAGUUUGGAUGCAUUAGCAAACAACUUGUCUGACGAUGAGAAAACAAAAUUUUUAAAACAAAUGUUUCCAACUGAUGACUUGCCGUUUUUGUUCUCAAAAGGACGUUUACCUUAUGAAUAUAUGGAUUCAUGGGAAAAGUUUGAAGAAAAAAGUUUACCCCCGAGAGAAGCAUUUUACUCAAGUCUAUCACUCAAAACUAUUGACACGGAUACCUAUAAAAGAUUAACAAGCAUCUGGAGUCACUUCAAUUGUAAAAACUUGGGAGAUUUUCAUGACAUUUACUUGAAAGUUGAUGUUUUAUUACUAGCAUCAGUCUUUCAAAACUUUAGAGCAACAAGUUUAGAGCAAUUCGGUCUUGAUCCUUGUCAUUAUUUUUCAACGCCUGGACUAACAUGGGAUGCAUCACUUAAGCUAACACAAACUGAAUUGGAUCUUUUGACAGAUAUUGACAUGAUUUUAAUGUUUGAAAGUGGAAUUCGAGGAGGAAUAUCAUGUUCAAUGCUGCGCUACUGUCUAGCAAAUAACAAGUUUUCUGAAACAUUCAAGGAGAAUGAAGCUGAAUCAUUCAUUACAUAUCUUGAUGUUAAUAACUUGUAUGGUUAUGCACUGUCUGAUAUUUUACCAUGUGGAAAAUUUGAAUGGGUUCCUGAAACACAAUUUGAAGAUGUGAUUUCAUCAAUUCUUGAAUCUAACACAACGCGAGAAAUAGGAUAUGUAUUAGAAGUUGAUUUGGAUUAUCCCUCUACUCUACACGAUUUACAUAAUGAUUAUCCGUUAGCCCCUGAGAAAAUAACAAUUGAUGAUGAUCAGUUGAGUAGUUAUCAAAAAGAAAUUGUUUCAAUUCUUGAAUCUGCUGGAAUGAAGCGGUAUAAAACUCAAAAGUUGGUACCGAAUUUAAUGAACAAAAGAAAUUAUGUUGUUCAUGAAUGUAAUCUUAAAUUUUAUAUUGAAAAAGGUUUGAUUCUGAAAAAAGUACACCGCAUAAUUCAAUUUGAACAGAAAGCUUGGUUGAAAACAUACAUCGAGAUGUGCACAGAAAACAGAAAGGCAGCAACGUCUCAAUUUGUGAAAGAUUUUUGGAAACUGAUGGUGAAUUCUUUGUAUGGUAAAAGUAUUGAAGAUAAACGUAAACAUAGUAAGGUUGUGGUUGCAACAAAUGGAAAACAGGCUCAGCAACAAAUAAGGAAACCAAUGUUUGAUCAAUUUUAUAUCCUUGACAACAAUAUCGCAAUCAUGAAACUAAGGAAAUUUGAAGUUGUUUUUGACAAACCAAUUUAUCUUGGGUUCACAGUCUUAGAUCUAUCAAAGUUACAUAUGUAUAAACUACAUUAUGAUCAUUUUUUACCUAAAUAUGGAUCGAAAUUAUCUCUCAUCUACACUGACACUGACAGUUUUAUUUACAAAAUCCAAACGCAAGAUUUAUAUAAAGACUUGAAAGAGUUUGAUUACCUUAUGGAUUUUUCUGAUUACCCACAAGAACACUUUUUGUACAACAUGAAAAACAAAAAGAAACUAGGAUAUUUGAAAGAUGAAAUGAACGGACAAAUAAUUGAUGAAGUAAUUGCAAUAAAAGCUAAACUUUAUGCUAUCAAGUAUGGUACAAAUUCAAAAAUGACUGCUAAAGGAGUGCAAAAGGCAAUAGUUAAAAAUGUCAUUUCAAUUGAGGAUUAUAAGGAUUGUCUUUUCGAAAAUGUUUUAUCGAAGCAUAAAAACUUUAGAUUACAGAGUAGACACCAUUCUAUUUCUUCAGUAGAGAUAAAUAAACUAUCUUUUUCUCCACUUGAUGACAAGAGAUACAUUUUGAAUGAUGCAGUUAGCACUUUAGCAUAUGGUCAUUAUAGAAUUACAGAAUAA